AUGUGGCUCCCCCCGCUGCUGUCUCUCGUUCUCUAUUUCCCUAUUUCCUUUGUUUCAGCAAAAUCCACUCCCUCCUUUUCACCAUCCGAAUUUGAGCGUCGCGUCGCUGGAUGGCAGAGUCAGUUUCAAGAUUCCCCGCCUGGUAUCCCGAAAAAAUGCCCCGUAUUUUGCGAAGAGGUCGGCCUUGAUCCCGUGGGAUGGUCCGGUUACUCCAGCCCAGAUGCCCUCAAAGGGUGCAACGAAACGAUGCUUCUAGACUUCCCAGUGCAUCGCUCUCUGGAUGACCCGAACCUUGGAAUUGGCGUCCGGGCUUGUGUGGCAGAGUACUCUUCGACGUCCCUAAAAACUUCCCCGUCCAACGAUAACUCCUGUAUUUCUGCCUUCGCUAGCAGCAAAGUCGAGCGUAAAGACGAGGUCCACAUCACACAGUCAGGGAAGCCCUCUAAGAAUGCCGCCUCUGACACUGUGGCUGCGGCCAGUCAAUUGAGAAACUACUUGGCUUCCGAUGCGUCGUCGUGCACAAGCAAUAGCACUAUCACUUUCGCCUUCUCGGGGGAUGCGGUCGUGGGCUUGUACGCCGGCGCGAUGCUGAAACAGCAAGGAGUGAUGGCGUCCCUCUUAAAUCAGUUCAUCGAUGAAGCCGAGCAUGGAAAACUUAUCACUGCCGAUACGGUAGUGGUAGAGCUAUGUGGUUCAAAGGACAGAGGUUCCGACUUUGCUUUUGGUAUUGCGGUCAGCACAUCGGCCAACAUUGGUCUCGUUCAAGAUGCCGUUAAGGAGUGGAGUUCGGGCCGUUGCGCUAAGACACCUGGAGACAACACUUCUCGACGAUGGAAAAAUGUCACCUUCAAAACCCCUCCAGCUGCGGAUGCUCCUGAUUCCUUGUCGAAGUUUCAAGCCGGUAUCGCUGGGCGUAGUCAUAUUCUCGUUCCCCGCGGCGAUUGCAGAACCAUUUCGGUAGACUCAGGCGACUCAUGCGCAUCCCUGGCAUCGAAGUGUGGCGUCUCCGGUUCGGAUUUUACCAAAUACAACCCUGGGUCAAAAUUUUGCUCGACUCUAGCGGUUGGACAGCGAGUCUGCUGCUCGGCGGGGGAUCUCCCUGAUAUCAGGCCGAAGCCCAAACCCGACGGGCACUGUGCCGACUACACAACACAGGCAGGCGACUUCUGUGCCAAAAUCGCAGCCUCGAACGGUCUCACGGUAGAUGAUCUUGAAGAGUUUAACAAAGACACUUGGGCCUGGAACGGCUGCAAGAAGCUGCAAUCUCAAUUCAGGAUGUGCCUUAGCAAGGGUAAACCACCCAUGCCGGCACCGAUGGCGAAUGCAAUCUGUGGUCCCCAGGUUCCCGGCACAGAACCGCCCAUCGAUGGCGUCGAACUCAAGGACUUGAAUCCGUGUCCCAUCAAAGCAUGCUGCAACGUCUGGGGCCAGUGUGGUGUUACGGAAGAUUUCUGCAACGAAGAAAAAGAGGAUAACCCCAACUACUGCGUUGCAAGCUGCGGGAUGGAUAUCGUCAAGAGCGACCCGCCAGCUGAAUAUAUCAAAAUCGGUUAUUUUGAAGCAUUCAAUUGGAACCGGCCGUGCUUGAAUGCACACAUUGACUGGAUCGACUGGAAAGGCGACGGCUAUACCCACAUUCACUAUGGUUUUGCAUCCAUCACCAGAAAUUUCGAAAUUGAUGUGAGCGAGUACCAGCUCGAAUUCGAUCGGUUCAAGGCGCUUAAGGGUGUCAAGCGCAUCGUGUCAUUUGGCGGUUGGGGGUUCAGCACAGAACCAGCCACGUACGACAUCUUACGCAGCGCACUCGCGGAGGACAAUCGCCUGAAGUUCAAGGAAAACGUGGUCAAGUUUAUCAACGAACAUGACUUGGAUGGUGUUGACUUUGAUUGGGAGUAUCCGGGCGCGCCAGAUAUUCCAGGCAUCCCUCCGGGGAAGCCAGAAGAUGCAGUGAAUUACUUGCUCUUCCUUUUUGUCCUCUGGGGAGAUCUCCCAAGCGAGAAAUCCCUGUCUAUUGCUGCUCCUGCUAGUUACUGGUAUCUGAAACAAUUCCCGAUAGACCUCAUGUCCCAAGUUGUUGAUUAUAUCGUGUACAUGACGUAUGACCUUCAUGGUCAAUGGGAUUAUAAGAUACCUUUCGUCAAUCCGGGCUGCCCGAAUUCCAUGGGGAACUGCUUACGAUCCCACGUCAACCUCACGGAGACAACGAACGCCCUCGCCAUGGUUACAAAGGCUGGCGCUCCGUCGAACAAAAUUAUCGUUGGCGUGUCAAGCUAUGGACGAUCGUUCAAAAUGACCCAGGCUGGAUGUCAUGGCGAAACGUGCACAUUUGUCGGACCCGAAUCCGGUGCCAAAAAGGGCGAAUGCACAGACACGGCGGGCUAUGUCUCCAACGCCGAGAUAGAGAAGAUUAUCAAGGAGAACGACAACAUAUUAAGGCUGGACGACCACGAAAAGGACCUUCAUAACAUUCUAGUCUACAACGACACGGAGUGGGUUGCAUAUAUGGAUAGCAAAAACAAGGCCGCGCGCCGAAAGAUGUACCAGGGCUUGAACAUGGGCGGCACCGUCGAUUGGGCGGUCGACCUUGAGAAAAGCUUAGAUGACGAGGACCAUCUCGGCGAGGACCUAGACGUUAUUUACCCGCCGUGCAACGAUGACCUGGACACUGUUGACGAAAUCGUGAAAGCUGCAGAUAAGCUUCCGGGGCGGUGUGUUGAGCAGUACCUGGCACGCGCACUAUCGAUUGAGCUCAAAUCAGCGCUCGAAAAGUACGACCAAAUCCUCAAGGACGGCUACGACAGAAAGUUUGGAUACUACUCCAAGGCGGUCAAAAAAUCUUGGGAAGCGGCCAUGGAUACCAUCUACCAGCAUCACAUACCGGAAUAUUUUAACUGUCUUCAGCAAGUUCCCACCGGGGAUGACAAGUAUAAAAACGAAACAGGCGUGUGCCCGCCUGAAUUCGAAGGCCACGCCUACAGUGUCUUCCUGAUCCCCAAGGACGAAGACAAGUUCUUCAAAUGGGUGGCGGAAAAAUUUCAGGUGUUGGAAGACUGGAUAUUCUUUGAUAAGUUCUUUUUCGCUAUAUGCCUGGGGGAUCCAGAGGUGGAGUGUAAAGACUACGGCUGGAUACACGGCAUCCCCAAAAUCCGCUCUAAUGCUGAGGUGCCCAAUCCGAAGAAAUCGAUUGCCGACGCUCUAAAAGAGUUGCGUGACACGCAAUCCUACCUGGCAGAUGUGAUGGAGGAACUCAGAUUCGAAGUAUUUGACGGUUUUGCAGCAGACGUGGUCGACGGCGCCGCGGUUCCGGUUUACAUGGUCAAAGAGGCCAUUGCCAACAUGGAAGAGGUCGCCGAGAUUGGCGAGGAGAUUGAAGAAGAGGAACGCAAGCGCUUUAUCCUCCUGUUCCUGACGGCGUUCUUGUUUGUGCUUCCAGGUCUGGGACAGGGCCUCGCAGCCGUCACGGGGCUGGCCGUCAUUGCGCGUAUCACUGCGCUCGUGGCCGAAAUUGGGGGUGCAGCACUCAGUCUUCACGAAAUUGCCGAGAACCCCACAGACCCGGCAAAUGUGUUCCUGAACAUUUUCGGUGCAGUUCUGGGUGCCGCUGCGUUACGGAACGCUGGCAAGCUUUCCGAUGCCGCCAAGAUCAAGAGAGGUUUGAGCGGCGCCAAGCUGGGUGAAUUGGGCGACAACGUGAAGAAGGCUGUUGAGAAGAUUUCGCCGUUGGUAAAGGCGUGUCGCAGGUAA